AUUGCUGAUCCCUGACUCGAGCAUGCUACGGGCCGAAGAUAACACAGACUCCGCUAUGGCUGCAUCAGGAGGAAUAAAGGAGUGAGAACUGAGAGAUCUGUGUCGUCCAUGCUUACCUCCACAGUUUCUUUCUUUUUUUUCACUUUUUAAGGAAAAAGCACCCAUGCUUUUUUGGUUAAUACCAUAUGUUGGAAAACCUCUUUGAACAAGCCAUUUGUCUAGGUGUGUCACGUAAUGUGUAAGGCUGUGGGUUAAAAGAGGCAUGCAAGAUGGAAAACGAUACAGUGGAGUGCUCCACCUCUGGCCACAUCAAGCAAGUCAUCAGCCAAGCAGUCACUGAAGAAUCCCAAGUCAAGGCUUUUCAUUGUAGUCACUGUGUGCUGAUCUUCAAAUCCAAUGUGUACCUUUUUGAACACCUCAACAAGGUGCAUGGCCUCAAUACAGAAACUUCUGUCGGAGAGGCUGGUUUAUGCCCUGGGACUGACAAAGUCAACACAGAGAACAGCAGCAGCAGUUCAGGAGAUAAUUUUAAAUGCCAGAGCUGUGAUUUUAAAGCUUGUAGUUGGGAUGGUUUAAGUGAACACGAGGAACUGUGUCACAAAACGUCAGAAAAUCCUAACGUGUCAGGAGGUGUCAUCAUUUCAGAAAACCUCGACAGCACUUUAAGUGUCAUUUCAGCAAACCAGAACAAUGAAGCUGCAGGAACAUCGGAAGAUCCGUCAGUUCUUUCAGAUAUUUCUACCUCAGAAGCGAAAUGCACGUUAAAGGACCUGGAAACCUGCAAGAGGCCAUUGCAAACCAUUACGAAGUACUUCUCAGUGUCAUCUGAAUCAAAUACAAUGACUGCUGCAAAAUUAGCUGAUGGCACCAAAGAAACUAUCAUUUUGCAAGAAUCUCCUUCAAGCUCCUGUCCAAACAGUAGUGGUGUGUUUAAAGUCACAGCAAAGUCUGUGAUAGAUAUCACCGGAAGUAAGUCGUACCCUUUUUUGCACACUGACUUGACUACUGAUUUGACACCAUCUAAAACUCCGGAACAAUUCAGAAAUGAAACUGUUCCUGACAGUGCUGUGAAGAGAUCAAGUGGUAAAAGUUCAAAAGGUCAUCCUGUCAAAAAAGCCAAGUUGGAUAACGAAGAGAUGCUCACGGAAAAAGAAAAUGAAAGUAGACAGCAGUCAUCCAGCAGCAACGAGCUUUCAUUUGAAGUCAGCGAAGAUGAAGACGAGGCAGACGCGCCAAAAGUGUAUUCUUGUAAACAUUGUGACUACAGUGACGUGGGCAUCAGGCGAAUUUCUGCCCAUUAUCAAAGUGACCACCCUUAUAUCAGAUACAAUUCUGUCUACAUUCAAGACGCAAGUGAUCACAGUGCCACCUUUCGUUGCUUGGAGUGUCCAGUUGAGUUUUUAAGCACAGCUGACCUCAAGAGGCACUACUUGGAAAAUCAUCCAGAUGCCCCAGAUGUAUUUGCCAUGAAAUCAUGUGGCCUCAGUUUGGUUUUCAAAUGCUUUCUUUGUAAAUUUACUACCAAUCUAUUGAAGUCUUUGAAAGAACAUUACAAGGCAAAGCAUGCAACAUAUGAAGUGGAGAAUUCCUUAUUGUUCUGCAGAUAUUCAAUGUCUGAAUGCCAAGAGGAAUCGUCUCAGCUGAGUCUAGAAAAAUCAGGUGGAAUUUCUCCUGAACGUGCCCACACAUCCCAAAAUUCUUCCCCUGAAAGAGCAGACAUGGCCUUGUAUAAAUGCCAGAAAUGCAUAUUUAGUCACAAGUCAGUUGUUGCUAUGCAUGUUCACUACCAAAAAAGCCACGCAGAUGAAGUAAUCACAUUAGAUAAAAUCAAACAGUCAGCUUGUCCCACAUCACAUGCAGCAUCAGAGAUGACAUCUCAGAAAUCUCCUCUAACAUCCACUCAAAAUGAAGAAGCUGCUCAGGAAAUCCUCAAGAUGAAAAGGAAUAAGAAAAAGAAAAAAACAAAGAAGCAUUCAAAACCUUUGGUCAUUUCAGCAACACCCUCAGUGACAACCUCACACAGAAAGAGGUCUCUGAACUGUUACAGAUGUGCAUACAAAACUGACGUGAUAUAUGCUCUGAAGAAGCAUUUAGGGAAAAUUCACAAAGUAAAGCGUACAGUCACAGAUAUUUUAAGAUAUUAUUUUAGACAAGGAUCAUUAGAGCCUGGGUAUUAUUGUGAAUUCUGUGUUUUCAGACAUGAAAAAGCUGCAGCAGUUUAUGAGCACUACCAGGAACGCCACCCAGGACGUUGUCCCUAUGUUGAGUAUGUAAGUACUCAGUUAUAUGCCGGUCCUGGAAUGGUCCUUUCUAAAAAGAAGAAGCCUGAUCUAGAGCAGAGUGGAGGCAAUGGCACUGAAAACAGAUUGCUAUCCCAAAGAUCUGGACAAAAUAAAGCUGGUUUAUCUUGCAAAAGAUGCUCUUUUAAAAGUAACUCUUUGUCAGAUCUGGCACUACAUUACCGAAUUGUUCAUCCUUUGAGUGCAAAACUUUCCAAGAUUGCAAACGCAAGCUGGCGGGUGGAAGACCAAAGUGACAGACCUGGCUCAUUUGACUCCUACCAGUUUGGUAAAUCACAGGAUGAAGCAGAGGCGUCCUCCACAGUGUUCAAGUGCCGUUACUGCUCUGCAAAUUUUAAUAGCAAACACGGUCUCCACGUUCACUGUGGAAGGAAACACCCGGAAGCUGUAAUCGAAAAAUUUGAACAAGAACAAAAACCAAAAAAGCAGCACAAAAAACGCCUGCAUAAGACAUUGAAGUCUAGCAUAACAGCAGAAGAAAGCCUCUUGAUCUACAAGUGUCCAAAGUGUCCAUAUGUGAAUGCUAGCUACCGCAGGACCCUCACUCACUGUCAAAUGAAGCAUCCAGCAAUUGUAGUCCGGGCAGAUGAACUUGAGACAGGCGAAGUCUUUGCAUCAAACAUGGUCAAUUGUACUUUAGGAAAAAGUUCUAAUGAAAGAGGGUACUUGUGUAAAAAAUGUUCACAAAUCCAUGGAUCACUGAGAAAACUCAAUGCUCACUGUAAGAGGGUUCAUCAUGACACAGAAGUGUAUGAGCACACUGAUGCUGAAAGCCAGCCGGUUCACACAUCUCAGCGCUCAGCACAGGAGGAUGCCUCUGUGAAAAACAAAACUUCGAGAGAAGUAAGCAUUGCGGAAAGUAGACAGGCUCCACAAACGGAAACUCCUGAAGCAUGCCCGUCAACUUUGCUGUCCGGAGUCCGCAGCAACAAACAGUUGUACAAGUGCCAGAUGUGCACCUAUAAUGGAGUGUGUCGUAAAUACCUCCGGUGCCACUACAAAAAUACUCACAAAUUGGAUGCAGUCAGUAUUUACAAACUUCUUGAGAAAUAUAAUAAGUGUAAAGGGAACUUUCCCAGCAACGUACUUAAAUCAGGCAACAGCACAAAGGUUAAAUGUUUGAAAUGUCCAGACUUAACAUUCGAGUCGUCGCAGCUGCUCAUUGACCACUAUAGUACUUUUCACCGCUCAGAGUGGAAGUUGGACUUUACUGUGUUGUCACUAGGAUCGACGAAAAAGAAAACCACAGGGAUUUACAAAUGUGACCACUGCAACACACAAUUAAAUGGGAUUAGAAAGGUGUGUUAUCACAUGGAUCGCCACAGAGCAAGGAUGCUAGAGAUGGCCAAGGCUGCGCAGAGAAAGGAGUCGCUUAUUAGCACAACACUAGAGCAAGAAUCCAGCGAGCCCUGCAGGCAAGACGAAAUGACCACAUUGGAAACUGUGAACGAGGUUAAUCGUUGGAACGGGACACCAGUGCAGAGCGCCGCUACAUCAGAACUCUCUGAUGUACAGCAGCCAGAACUAGAAUCGAAUGGAGACAAACACACGUGUAAACAGUGCGGCCGGAUGUUUAUGUCAUUGAAAGGCUUGCAUUCACAUGAGCACAGCCACGCAGCCCUGGCAGCCAUCAAGAAAGUGGACAAUAGCUCCACGUCUGGAUUAAAACACAACAUUAGCAAAUAUCUCAUCCACAAAUCUGGAACUCUGAGACCUUUCCUGUGUAGUUGCUGUACCUAUCGGACAACAGUCUUUGGCCUCUGGAGGCGUCAUUUUAUGAAAAAGCAUCAUGAUCUCAUCAUGGCUGCAGCUGAGACUGAAAACACAGAUGAGAGUGAAGAGAGGUUUGAUAAGGAGUCCUCUAAUUCAUCAGAGAAAAUGAACAGCUUGCCUGAAAUUGAUGAGGGACCUGAACUGAUUAAAGGAUCUCUGUACUUGGAGCCCCCAGAUGUGCGGCGCCAGUUAAACCACUACACCAUGAUGGCACAGAGAAGCAUCAAAUCUAAAGUGAACGUGCAACUUUCAAAAUUACCUGAGAACAGCGUGCUUCACUGUGAGUUCUGCAAUUUCAGCACUGGACACCUGUCUAGUAUCCGGCGGCACUACCUAAAUUGGCAUGGAAAGAAAAUCCUCAGAUGUAAAGACUGCAACUUUUUCACGGGUUUAAGGAAAACUCUGGAAAUGCACAUGGAGACGGGUCACUUUACCUGCCAGUCAAAGCCUACUCAUCAGAAGGACCUCUGCUGCCCUUUCUGCCUGUACCAAACUAAGAACAAGAACAACAUGAUUGACCACAUUGUCUUGCAUCGUGAGGAACGUGUAGUGCCAAUAGAGGUUCGUCGCCCCAAACUGUCACGUUACCUUCAAGGCAUCAUCUUCCGCUGUCACAAAUGUACUUUCACCAGUGGCAGCCCAGAAAACCUGCGUUUGCACAUGAUGAGGCACGAUGACAUCAAACCCUACAAGUGUCGGCUGUGCUAUUUCGACUGCACCCGGCUGAGUGAUUUGGAGGCACACCUGAGCGAUAAGCAUCAGGUCAUGAGGAAUCAUGAACUCGUGGGUCAGGUGAGCCUUGAUCAGCUGGAGGCAAGCGUUGGUAAUGUGCCAGUAACAGAAGAGGAACAUUUGUCUAACAUGGACCAGCUAGAUAAGGACGGAGAAGAUGUAGAAAUGGAGGACCUUUUUGCAGACUGUGAUGAGGUUCCACAAGCUGAGAACCUGGAAGAAAACUAUACCACAGAGAAAAGUGCACUCCAGAUCAGGGAAUGCCAAGAAAGCAACAGAGAAAGUCCUGGCGAGACUUCCGAAUCAGACAUUCAACAUGAAAAUGCAAAACCAAACUCUACUGUCCAACAAGAGCUGCUGGAGACUGCAAGAGAACAGGAGACAGGAAAUGUGGAACAAAGUGUUGCAGAAGUGAAAAUUACAGAUACCCCAUGUGAGGAUUGUGGCGGUCCAGAGGAAGAGAGGCAGACAAAUGAAAACCAAGCCCAACCUAAAUUCACAGAAUGUGGAGACAAACAGCAAACGGAGACAGGAAAUGAUUUCAAAGUGGAUGAAGAAACACCAGCUCAAGAGCAAGACGAUAAAGCACUUGUGCGUAAAACACUGAACAUCGAGGCAAAGGUAGAAGAUGACAUACUGUGUCAUAUCUUACAGUUGGCCAAUGAUGACAGCAAGAUGCAUAACAAGGCAGAUGAGGGUAAAACGGUUAAGACGGAGAAGGACACUGAGGUCAUGAGGAAUCAUGAACUCGUGGGUCAGGUGAGCCUUGAUCAGCUGGAGGCAAGCGUUGGUAAUGUGCCAGUAACAGAAGAGGAACAUUUGUCUAACAUGGACCAGCUAGAUAAGGACGGAGAAGAUGUAGAAAUGGAGGACCUUGCAGACUGUGAUGAGGUUCCACAAGCUGAGAACCUGGAAGAAAACUAUACCACAGAGAAAAGUGCACUCCAGAUCAGGGAAUGCCAAGAAAGCAACAGAGAAAGUCCUGGCGAGACUUCCGAAUCAGACAUUCAACAUGAAAAUGCAAAACCAAACUCUACUGUCCAACAAGAGCUGCUGGAGACUGCAAGAGAACAGGAGACAGGAAAUGUGGAACAAAGUGUUGCAGAAGUGAAAAUUACAGAUACCCCAUGUGAGGAUUGUGGCGGUCCAGAGGAAGAGAGGCAGACAAAUGAAAACCAAGCCCAACCUAAAUUCACAGAAUGUGGAGACAAACAGCAAACGGAGACAGGAAAUGAUUUCAAAGUGGAUGAAGAAACACCAGCUCAAGAGCAAGACGAUAAAGCACUUGUGCGUAAAACACUGAACAUCGAGGCAAAGGUAGAAGAUGACAUACUGUGUCAUAUCUUACAGUUGGCCAAUGAUGACAGCAAGAUGCAUAACAAGGCAGAUGAGGGUAAAACGGUUAAGACGGAGAAGGACACUGAGGUCAUGAGGAAUCAUGAACUCGUGGGUCAGGUGAGCCUUGAUCAGCUGGAGGCAAGCGUUGGUAAUGUGCCAGUAACAGAAGAGGAACAUUUGUCUAACAUGGACCAGCUAGAUAAGGACGGAGAAGAUGUAGAAAUGGAGGACCUUGCAGACUGUGAUGAGGUUCCACAAGCUGAGAACCUGGAAGAAAACUAUACCACAGAGAAAAGUGCACUCCAGAUCAGGGAAUGCCAAGAAAGCAACAGAGAAAGUCCUGGCGAGACUUCCGAAUCAGACAUUCAACAUGAAAAUGCAAAACCAAACUCUACUGUCCAACAAGAGCUGCUGGAGACUGCAAGAGAACAGGAGACAGGAAAUGUGGAACAAAGUGUUGCAGAAGUGAAAAUUACAGAUACCCCAUGUGAGGAUUGUGGCGGUCCAGAGGAAGAGAGGCAGACAAAUGAAAACCAAGCCCAACCUAAAUUCACAGAAUGUGGAGACAAACAGCAAACGGAGACAGGAAAUGAUUUCAAAGUGGAUGAAGAAACACCAGCUCAAGAGCAAGACGAUAAAGCACUUGUGCGUAAAACACUGAACAUCGAGGCAAAGGUAGAAGAUGACAUACUGUGUCAUAUCUUACAGUUGGCCAAUGAUGACAGCAAGAUGCAUAACAAGGCAGAUGAGGGUAAAACGGUUAAGACGGAGAAGGACACUGAGGUCAUGAGGAAUCAUGAACUCGUGGGUCAGGUGAGCCUUGAUCAGCUGGAGGCAAGCGUUGGUAAUGUGCCAGUAACAGAAGAGGAACAUUUGUCUAACAUGGACCAGCUAGAUAAGGACGGAGAAGAUGUAGAAAUGGAGGACCUUUUUGCAGACUGUGAUGAGGUUCCACAAGCUGAGAACCUGGAAGAAAACUAUACCACAGAGAAAAGUGCACUCCAGAUCAGGGAAUGCCAGGAAAGCAACAGAGAAAGUCCUGGCGAGACUUCCGAAUCAGACAUUCAACAUGAAAAUGCAAAACCAAACUCUACUGUCCAACAAGAGCUGCUGGAGACUGCAAGAGAACAGGAGACAGGAAAUGUGGAACAAAGUGUUGCAGAAGUGAAAAUUACAGAUACCCCAUGUGAGGAUUGUGGCGGUCCAGAGGAAGAGAGGCAGACAAAUGAAAACCAAGCCCAACCUAAAUUCACAGAAUGUGGAGACAAACAGCAAACGGAGACAGGAAAUGAUUUCAAAGUGGAUGAAGAAACACCAGCUCAAGAGCAAGACGAUAAACCACUUGAGCGUAAAACACUGAACAUCGAGGCAAAGGUAGAAGAUGACAUACUGUGUCAUAUCUUACAGUUGGCCAAUGAUGACAGCAAGAUGCAUAACGAGGCAGAUGAGGGUAAAACGGUUAAGAUGGAGAAGGACACUGAGGCAAGUGAUGCAAGUGAUAUCCCAUUAGCUGAAGAGAGCAACUUCUCUUUGUUCCAGAAUCCAAAGAAUGAAGUUGAUAUAGAGGCAAAUUCUGCAUUAACAAAGCUAAAUAUUCCACAUGUAAAUAACACGAGGACAAAGGAGAGUUUAAAAAUUGAAAGAGAUACGUUAACCCUCCCGCCCACUUGUGCAGGACUUAAGAUGAUCACUGGCGAUAUUUUAGGUGUCUCGUUUACAAAAUUAAACCAGGAACAAGUGCACACUCAGCAAAGCCGUGAACAGGAACCUAAACCUUGCAUAGAAAUACCAGUACUUGAGAAAGAAUGUCUGAAGAAGGAAGUGCACUCUCCUGAAUGCUUCAAGGAGGAAGAAGAGAAAGGUCCUUUCGAGCAGAAGCAGAACCAAGAAUCUGAGAUGCUCACAGAAGACGAGCAACGACACCAAGAUCAGGCGCCUGGUGACCACGACGGGAUGAGGGAUGAUGAUUGUCUGCAAGAGCAUGAAGACUGUUCUUGGCAGUGUCCACUUUGAUGCUGCUCACCCAGAGAAUCACCUCCGUGUCUUUGGACCUUCAGGAGAAACAAAUCGUACUGACACCAUCCAAAAGGCAGACUUGUGUCACGCUUCUCCCUCUUAUCAGCUACA